GAACGAAAGAAMMACUUCGAAAAUAACGUGAAACUUUCUGUCAGACCCGGUCAACCAAAUAUCAUGAUUGUUUUUGCUGUUGUUCUUUUCAUACAGUAAAUUCACGUCCUGUAUGCGGUAUCGAACACUACAUACCAUUCUCUCUAGAUCUUUUCAGUUUGCGAAAUCAAUUGAAACGCKCAAUACCUCUCAACAAUAGCACAAAUCUUAGAUUUGUGCACAUGAAUAAAGCACCUUAGAAAGACCACCGCAUCAAAAGAACUAUGAGGUGUACAACUUCAAAAAACAACACCUCGACAAGACGACCUACUAGCACAAUGAUGUCUGUGAGGUUGAGRGGGGAAUCAAAUGUGUCGACUGCAAACGCAAAAUGGAACAUGAUUGAGAGUGACCAAUCAACCAACGAUAAUAAUGCAUUUCUGUCGAGGUCUCUUUCCACGAAGAAAAUGCUCUCGCAGAAGAGCUUCAUGGUGAUUAAGCGAGGACAACAAACAAGCAGCGCAACCAAAUACUCCUACAAUCUACGACGAAUACUGCAAAAGGAUCUCAAAGUAGCCCUUGACAUGCAAACAAAAUCAUCAUCGCAAUCUCCUACCGUCUCGACUCCUUCAAAUACUGACUUCUCGACCUUCCCUAAAMUGAUGAGCGUUACGAASAACGCCAAAACUUCAAAGAUGCGGAAGACGACUUCACUAGAAGAGGUAUUUUCACAAGAUAUUGAGCAGCUCCUCAAGUCCCUGCAGUCUAAUGAAUUCGUGGGGACGAUAGAUCCGCAAUAUCACUCAAGAUAUGUGAGCGCCGAGUCCUUGAAAGAACACGAUAGAUAAUUCCAUGCCAAAAAUAUGUUCACACCGACKUGUACUUUACACGAWAGAGAGACAACAAAAGCGUCUUCAGUAC